GACGUCACUUCCCAUUGUGUGCGUCUGCAGGGCUGUUGUAGUGACACUCAGACGGAGGGCUUCUAUGCUAAGCAAGCGACUAACCGCAUUAAACCCGUAGAGAGAAGCGGCUUGUUUGUCUUAAGUUAUAAACUCGGUUCGGCCAUCAAUAACGUACUUGAGUGGACUUUAUACACCACUCUGCUUGCUUAGGUAAAAGAGUGCCGCAGCUUCUAACCGAGCACGCCGCCGCUCCUGCCCGUCUCCGCCGCUGCGAGAGAAGAAAACAAGCUCGGUGAGCAGUGCGCUAAAGCUGUGUGAUCAUUGACAGAGUUCAGUACACACAAGCUCCCAACCGUAACUUGUCGGCGCAUCGUGCAGCUUAGCUCAGUCGUUCUUCGGAAAGCCACGGUUGCGGAUAUUUUUUGCCUCCGAAGUCGAGGUGUUCUAUCAUAUAAUCUUAAGCUACUGUGAGGCACUUACCUAAUAAGACCAGUUUCCAUCAGCUUCCCUGCAGCCCCCUACCUACCCCAACAGUCUUCUGCCCCAGCAUGGAUGAAGUCACUGUUGUUAAAGAAGGAUGGCUCCACAAGAGAGGUGAAUACAUCAAAACAUGGCGACCUCGCUACUUCAUCCUGAAGAGCGAUGGAUCCUUUAUCGGAUACAAAGACAAGCCGGAGGUGUCCAGUGACCUCAGCCUGCCGCCGCUCAACAACUUCUCCGUCGCAGAGUGCCAGCUGAUGAAGACGGAGCGCCCCAAGCCCAACACAUUUGUAAUUCGAUGUCUGCAGUGGACCACUGUUAUAGAGCGGACUUUCCAUGUGGAGACCAACAGCGAGAGGGAGGAAUGGAUGCAGGUGAUCCAGACAGUAGCAAACAGCCUGAAGAGUCAGCAGCAGGACGAGGAGCCCAUGGAGAUAAAAUUUGGCUCGCCCAGCGACAGCAGCGGCGCAGAGGAGAUGGAGAUUGCUAUGUGCAAAUCCCGUUCAAAAGUGACCAUGAGUGACUUUGAUUACCUGAAGCUGCUCGGCAAAGGGACGUUUGGAAAAGUGAUCUUGGUUAAGGAGAAAGCUACAGGGAUGUACUACGCCAUGAAAAUCCUCCGCAAAGAAGUCAUCAUUGCUAAAGAUGAGGUGGCUCACACAGUUACAGAGAGCAGAGUUCUCCAAAACACACGGCAUCCUUUUCUAACGACACUAAAAUAUGCAUUUCAAACACACGACCGGCUAUGCUUCGUGAUGGAGUAUGCAAAUGGAGGAGAACUCUUCUUUCACUUAUCCCGGGACAGGAUAUUCACAGAAGAUAGAGCACGGUUCUAUGGUGCAGAAAUAGUAUCAGCACUGGAGUAUCUACACUCACGCAAUGUCGUUUACAGGGACUUAAAGCUGGAGAACCUGAUGUUGGACAAAGACGGCCACAUAAAGAUAACAGACUUUGGGCUGUGCAAGGAGGGAAUUACAGACGGUGCCACCAUGAAAACCUUCUGUGGAACUCCAGAGUACCUGGCGCCAGAGGUACUGGAGGACAACGACUAUGGCCGCGCCGUGGACUGGUGGGGACUGGGAGUGGUGAUGUAUGAGAUGAUGUGUGGUCGGUUACCAUUCUACAACCAGGACCAUGAGCGUCUGUUUGAGCUCAUCCUCAUGGAGGAGAUCCGCUUCCCGAAGACCCUGGCGCCGGAGGGCAAGGCCCUGCUGGCAGGCCUGCUGAAAAAAGAUCCCAAACAAAGGCUUGGAGGUGGACCAGACGAUGCCAAAGAUGUAAUGACCCACAAGUUCUUUGCCUUGAUAAACUGGCAGGACGUGAUUGAAAAAAAGCUUAUCCCACCCUUCAAGCCCCAAGUAACAUCAGAGACAGACACCCGUUACUUCGAUGAUGAGUUCACAGCACAAUCUAUUACAAUAACUCCUCCAGACAAGUAUGACAGCUUAGAUGUUGAGGAUUCAGAUCAGCGUACACACUUCCCUCAGUUCUCCUACUCUGCCAGCAUACGGGAAUGAUCACUAAGACUCAUGAACAAGCAGGCAGGCUGGCACACAAUCACAAUCCCAAUCCCACAUGCACCCUUGCACUGGUGAGGAAUAUAAAAUAAAAAAUAAAAAAAAUGACACAAAACAAA